CUGACACAGCUGACUGCACCGAGAGUCUCCAUCAGCAUCAUUGCACUGUCUUUGUUUUUCUCUCUGUCCAUCGUCGCUGUCUGCUCUUUGCCUCACUGUCAUCCAGUAGACGAGUUGAUGAUCCAGUAUGGACGCUGUCUGGGAUCCUCAUCAGCAGAGUUGCGGCUACACUGACUGCGAGGCCUGGCGGAGAGAACGUCAGAAUUAAACAACCAAACUUCAUUCAACUUUCCACAGUUUUCUGCCCUCCCUCCUCCUGCCGAGGAAAUAUGUGUCUCAUUUUCCUCCCCCUUCUCCUCUUCCUUCUUGCCUUUUAUUCCCCUCCAUCCCUUUUUCCAUCCGUCGAUGGCUCGUGGUCGUGUCCACAUCAGUGCGUUUGUUACGAGCACGGUGACCUGGUGGACUGUCGUAGCCGUGGGUUCGAGCACGUUCCCAGGGGCCUCCCGCACGGCGCAUGGCUGCUGGAGCUAGGAGGAAACAAUCUGAGUUUGAUUGGCACUCGAGCUUUCACUGGACUGUGGUCCCUACGGGUUCUAGUGCUGGCCAACAGUCAGAUACAAGACAUACAACCACAGGCAUUUUUCUCUCUGUCGUUCCUGGAGAAGCUGGAUCUCAGCUGGAACCAGUUAACAUCUCUCCCUGUCGACUUCUCAACUAGUAUGUCCGCUCUCAGAGAGCUGCGACUGGAGCACAACAACUUAAAUCAUAUAUCUGGAUACAGCUUGGAGUAUCUGGACAACAUGGAGAAGCUGGACCUCAGUUAUAACCAGCUGGUGUCAGUUGGCUCCGGUGUGUUCAGGGGCCUCUCCAGGCUUAGACAACUCUACCUGCACAACAACAGGCUGAACGUGGUGCAACAGGGGAGCCUGGAUAUGUUGCCCGGACUUGAGGUCCUCCAGCUGAGUAACAACAACAUCUCUCAGAUAGACAAUGACGCUCUGGCUCCUCUCUACAGUCUGGCAGUCCUUGCUCUGGACGGAAACAAUCUGCACCACCUCAAGUUUAAGACCUUCAUCAGCCUUCAUACAACAGCUACACACAUCCAGCUAUCAGGAAACCCGUGGAACUGUGACUGUGAGCUGCAUCGUGUCUUCAGUAAGAUCUUGCACGUUCGCCACCUCCACAUCGACGACUACCGCAAUGUGACGUGCCGGGGCCCGCCACAGCUGGCAGGGGCUUCCCUGGCCUGGGUCGACAGCCAGCUCUGCAUCGCUGAAACAGCGACCGUGCUUGUCAUCACCGUCACUGUGCUGGUCACCGUGGUGGCGGCUCUGGUGAUGGCGGAGAGGAACAGGAAGAAGAAUCCUGGGAAGAAGUGGGACACGGAGUCGCAUACGCAAACGUAGAGACCACCAUCUGAAAAAGCUGCAUCAUAAAUAAUAAACAGGGAGAAAGAGGACACUUCAAACUCCCAGGUUCCUCUAGUGAUGGCAUAGAAGAUGGAUAACUGACACAAAAGGACGAUUACUUGAAUGGACAAAUGAUUGUUUCCUUUGUGUGUCUAGAGGACCAUUUGGGUUGGAUGGAACAAUUCAAGAGAUAAUGAUGCAUUCUAUGUGUUCUUUUCUGUCAGUUUAGCCACUACUUGGAGUUUCCAAAGUCCAGAAUAUUCAAAUCCUACACCUAACGGUUAUAAUAUAAGUAAUGUUUUUAUGCGCAUGCAACAUGAUUCCAGUGAGUUUUGCAUAUCCUGAUAUUCAACUCCAGACAACACAGUGUGAGUGAAAAGUUACAGUCAGAAAGCAAAUAUCAAAAAUUUUACAGGAACUAAAGCCAAACACAGGUUUCAGUGGCUACUCUCUUUAUCAUGUUUCAUAUUUGGAUAGCCUUUGUUUCAGAAUACUCUAUCUCAUAUGCAAAUGUGAUCCAGAAAAUACAGAAAAUAUCUCAUAAUAUGGAAAAAAAAAUGAUCAAGUGACCAUCAACAGUGAUGAAGAAAAAUAAGGGAGCGCUUUCACAGUUUCAAAUAUUUUCCACGUACCUAAAGUAAAGAUUUAAUAAGGACAUAGUUGUGCUGCUCUAUACUAAGACUAGUUUAAAAGGGUAUUUCACAAAUUUAGUAUUGCACUUCCCGA